AGUAAAAUGAUAAAAGAAUAGUCAUGUGUCAUGUCAUUGCCAUUAAAAGGCAACAAUUUCACAUAUAAAAAAAUAGGUUUUGUAUGGACAUGUAUGCAAUAAAACAAAAUUAUCAAUUAUGAUAAUUAUUAAAAAUUAAUUUUAUUAUUAUUAUAUUUGAAAACUUUCAUUAUAUAAAGGGGCUUUAAGUGUCAUUUGCAAAGUGCCACUCCCAAUUCUCCUCAUCUCUUCUUCACUCUCUCAGUUUCUUUAAUAUAACUAUUUAAUAAUAUUCCAAAAUGCCAGGAAUUGCAUUUGGUCGUUUCGAUGACUCCUUUAGCUUUGGGUCCAUCAAAGCCUACAUUGCAGAGUUCAUCUCCACCCUCCUCUUUGUCUUCGCCGGCGUCGGCUCCGCCAUCGCAUACGGCAAGUUGACGGCAGACGCCGCCCUAGAUCCGGCGGGUCUUGUUGCAGUGGCAGUUUGCCAUGGAUUUGCACUCUUCGUAGCCGUUGCUAUCGCCGCUAACAUCUCCGGAGGCCACGUCAACCCAGCUGUCACCUUCGGAUUGGCUGUUGGUGGUCAGAUCACCAUCCUAACCGGAAUCAUUUACUGGAUUGCACAACUAGUUGGCUCCGUCGCCGCAUGCUACCUUCUCAGUUUCGUCACCGGAGGACUGGCAGUGCCUAUACAUGGUGUUGCUGCCGGAGUUGGAGCAAUUCAAGGAGUUGUGAUGGAGAUAAUUAUCACAUUUGCAUUGGUUUACACAGUAUACGCCACCGCAUGUGAUCCAAAGAAGGGCUCCUUGGGAACAAUUGCACCCAUGGCCAUUGGAUUCAUUGUGGGUGCCAACAUUUUGGCAGCCGGUGCAUUCUCUGGUGGAUCAAUGAACCCUGCCAGAUCUUUUGGACCUGCGGUGGCUAGUGGAGAUUUCUCCGGCCACUGGAUCUACUGGGUUGGACCACUUAUCGGAGGUGGCCUAGCGGGACUCAUUUACCCUAACGUGUUCAUGAAUCACGACCAUGCUCCCCUCUCAAGCGAGUUUUAAAUUUUUUGUGAAUCAUUUUAAUUUGUGAUUGUAAUAAAAGGAAGGAAAACAAUUUAUUUGUUUUUCUUUCUUUUCAUCUUAUUUUAUUUAUAAGGAGUUCAUUGAAUUUGGUUCUGUUUUAUUUCAUUAAUUAUGUGUGAAUUGUGAUUGAAGCUUUUAUGUUUGAUGUUGAAAGAUGAGGUGAAGUUGGUAGGAAGUGAUUGUAUUUGUGGAUAAAGUAGAGGUGGUCCCUCUACCUUAUUGGGCCUUCUUUUUUAUUCUUUUCAUUGUGGUCUGUAGAUUAAUAGUGGGUGGGCCCAUUUUCGUUCAAUCAAU